AUGGAUAAAAAUAAUAAUAAUAAUAAUAAUAACAACAAUAAUAACAAUGGUAAUAAUAAUACAAGUAACAAUAUAAAUAUUAUAAAUAGAAAUAAUUCAAACAACAAUAAUAAUGUCAACAAUAAUAUAUUAAAUUCACCAAAAUUAAAGAGUCCAUUUUUACACCAAUCAUUGGAUAGAAUAACCAAAUCACCAACACUAUCUAGACAAAUACCAAAUGAACAUGCACUUCAUAAUAGCACAAAUACAAUGAUUUCAUCACCAAUCCAACAAAGUGUACCCCCUGGAUUCAAUACUCCUUCCCCUUUGAGAAAAUCACAACAAAGAAGAGGUAGUUUUUCUUCAGUGUUGCGUAGAAGUUCAAUUGUAUCAUUGCAAAGAAGAGGUUCAAAGGAUCUAUCUGGAUCAAUCGAUGGUGAUGAAAGACUAUCAAAGUAUAUUCAAAAUCUUAGCAUGACCGACGAUACUAGUAGUUGUUUUUCAGAUUAUGGAUCUGAAGUUGAUAUUGCCGAUUAUGAUCCAAACGAUUGGUUCUUACAAGAAAAUAGUGAAGAAGAGGAUGAACCAUUAUUCUCAAUAUUAGAGAAACCACAAAUUGAAAACAAAAUUAAAGAUAUGGCUGAAACUUUGGCUAGUCAAAUUGAUCUAUGUAGAGGUAGAGCUAUAUUAUUAUUAGAAUUCUUUAGAUGGGAUGUUGAUAGAAUUUUAUCAUGUUAUUUUGAUGAUACAGACAAGUAUUGUUCAAAGGCAGGUAUUCAAUUGAAUAGAAUUGAACCAAGAUUUAGAAAUGGAGAAUCAUGUUUAAUUUGCUUUGAACCUCAUGCAGUUAGUGAUUACUAUCCAUUGGCUUGUGGUCAUGGUCCCUAUUGCAAGAGUUGUUGGAAGACCUAUCUACAUGAAGAGUUGAUUACUACUGGCACUGAAAUCAUUCACAGUCGAUGUAUUUCACCUGAUUGUAAUUGUAAAUUAACAAUAGAAGAUUGGGAGAAAUUAGCUUCUGAUAGAGAUUUUCAUAGAUAUUGGUAUUUUAUAACAAAAGAUUAUGUUAAUAAUGAUAAACAUUUGGUAUUUUGUCCAAAUCCUCAAUGUGGUAAUGCAGUAAAGUAUCAUGGUGUUGGAAGACCGAGUGAUGUGGUUGAGUGUCACUGUGGCAUUCGAUUCUGUUUCUCGUGUGGCAGUGAGAAGCAUAACCCUGUCAGCUGUGCACAAUUGACCGAAUGGAAAUCAAAGAAUACAAACGAUCAAGAAAGCAUUAAAUUGAUCAUGUCGACUUGCAAACCAUGCUAUCAUUGUGGUAUGCCAACCGAACGUAUACAAGGUUGCAAUCAUAUGGUGUGUCGCAAGGAACAGGGUGGAUGCGGUGGAGAAUGGUGUUGGAUGUGUCGCGGUGAUUGGAAAUCUCAUGGUCAGCAUACCGGUGGUUUCUAUUCUUGCAACAAGUAUGAAAGCAGCGAUGCGAAAAAGACGGAUGACUCUGGAGUCAAUGUCCGUCAAGAAAGUGAACGUUUCCUUCAUUACUUUAAUCGUUACUUUAAUCAUGACAUGUUGAUGAAACAAGCUAUACGUAUGAAAGAGGAACGUGAGAUUGACGACAAGAUGAAUCAGUACCGUGAGCUGACCAACCUCAGCCCCGACUUUUUAAUGGAGGCUUUGGAUCUAUUGAUCGAGUGUCGUCGUAUUCUCAAAUACACCUAUGUCUUUGGUUACUAUCUCUCAGACAAUGUUCCCGGAAAGGUAUUCUUUGAGUACCAACAGGCCAAUGCUGAAGGUAUCACUGAACUCUUGUCAGAGGGUGUCUACAUCAACGUUGCUCUUGUUCACGCCGAAGACAUGAAGAAUAGAAUUCGUGUCACCAAGAAAUAUAUCACCAAUCUUGUCACUAGUAUCGAAGAAGGUCUAGGAUUAGAUAAUUGUAUGGGUUUAAAACCUCAAGAAUAA